AUGGCGUUCCGUCUGGCCCUGCGCAUGGCGCUGCUGCUGCUCUCCGGGGUCCUGGCCCCUGCGGUGCUCACAGCCGAGGGCCCGCAGGAGCCCGUGCCCACCCUGUGGAAGGAGCCCGCCGAGCUGCCAUCGGGAGAAGGCCCCGUGGAGAGCACCAGCCCCGCCCGGGAGCCGGCGGUCAGCGGCCCGCCCGCGCCCACCGCCGCGCCGAGCCCCGAGGACAGCACCGCGCGGGAGCAUCUGGACCAGGGCGGCGGCUCGCUGGGGCCCGGCGCCAUCGCGGCCAUCGUCAUCGCCGCCCUGCUGGCCACCUGCGUGGUGCUGGCACUCGUGGUCGUCGCGCUGAGAAAGUUUUCCGCCUCCUGA